AUGGGAAAGAAAAAGGCUUUUUUUCUUCUUCUUCUUGGUCUCCUGCUCAACAGGGACUAUGGUGAUGCAGUUACUCUAGCAACUUUGAAAGAUUUUCAUAGGAGAAGGGUUCAAGUUUUAGCAGAAUCAGGUGCUGACCUAAUUGCAUUUGAAACAAUUUCGAAUAAGCUGGAAGCCUAUGCUGAACUUCUCGAGGGAGAUGGCAUAAAGAUUCCAACAUGGUUUUCAUUCAACUAUAAGGAUAGUGUCAAUAUAGUUGGUGGAGAUUCUUUUCUUGAAUGCGCAUCUGUUGCUGAUUCAUGUAAUAAGAUUGUUGCUGUUGGAAUUAACUGCACUCCUCCAAGGUUUAUUCUUGAUAUUGUUUUAUUAGUUCAUAAGCUAACCCCACGUGUGACAUCUAAACCGAUACUUAUUUAUCCAAACAUUGGUGAGACUUAUGACCCUGAUCGCAAGGAGUGGGUAGUAAAAUCUACUGGAGUGUCAGAUAAAGAUUUUAUUUCAUAUGUAAGUAAAUGGUGCGAGGCCAAGGCUUCCCUCAUAGGAGGCUGCUGCAGGACAACACCAAAUACCAUUAGAGCCAUAUCUAGAGCACUAUCCAAGUAUUCUUCUGUCUUACCAUCACUAUAG